AUCUACGAUGGUCGCUACUUCGACCCCUCCACACGUGCAGCCAUCAAUGCGGUGUGGCAACUGGCGGAGCCGGCGAAUGGCACGGUGAAGCUGGGCCUUCACAAGGGCCACAUGAACCCCGCCAGCUCGCAGGGCUACCUGGAGGUGUCCUCUGUCGAAGCGAAGGCUUUGGCGAAGGCCAAGCUCAUCGACACCGACAGCGUCUGGCAGAAGCGCCAGAAGAUCG